AUGGCACCUACUUCCGCUCAGGGGGCAGUAGCCAUGACAGCGAUCCAGCAGCAGCAACUGCAACAGCAGCAGCGACAACAUCAGCAACAACAGGCUCAGUUUCUCACGGCAGCAGCAGCCACAGGUCUUCCACAGGCCCUGACCACGCAGUUUGCGGUCCAAUCACAGCAAGUGCUGGCGGCCAGUCAGCAGCAACAGCAGCAGCAACAACAACAGCAGCAGCAGCUUGCUUUUCAGCAACAGCUACAGCAACAACAGCAGCAACAACAGUUUCGAUUAGCUCAUACGGCCCAACUUCAGCAGGCAGGACAGUCAACUCUACACCCUGGCCAGCACUUUGCCACCAUGCAUCCGAGCGGCAUGGUCACUCUGAGCAGUGCUGCCGAUCUGCAAGCCGCCCAACAGCAGGCUCAGCAGCAGCAACAACAGCAGCAGCAACAACAAGUUCAUGCACAACAACUUCAACAACAACAGGCGCAACAACAACAGCUUCGCCAACAACAGGCUGCCACGACUGCCUAUUUCACGAUGCAGCACUCAGGUCAGACGCAGCAGCAUCAAAUGCUUCAGCAACAGGCCCAGUAUACACAAACUGCCCAACAACAGCCAGUACGUCUACACUUUUUGCGUUGA